AUUAAAACUACUAGGGAACACAAGCGCCCUGAGAGAAAUGCCACCAUUUAUACGCGACGACAAGCCAUUGGCCCGGGACCAGGAGGACCAGGAGGACCAGGACCAAAACCAGGACCAGAUCCAGAACCAGGACCAGAACCACGACCAGGACCUCCACCAGAACGAAGAACCAAUCCUAGAGGACGAUGUGUUGAAUGAUGGUGAACUAUAUAUGGCCCUGUUACAAGUCAGAACCACUGUGGAGCAAAAUAUGGCGAACUUCCAUCAACGCCUUGCCGCUUAUUCGGACCUCCUUAUCGAGUUUACAAAUGCCGUCAACAGGAAGCUAGCCCUCAACCGGCAGGGCCACACCGCGGAGACUGCCAUGGAUCACAGUGCCGUUAGCCAGCAGAUCCAUCGACUGUUCCGUGAGAUCAGCGAAUAUUUUGACAGAUACAUGAGAGAAUGAAUAAACUCGAUGGUCUCGUUAAAAAUGUUUGUUUUAAUGUU